CCACGCCUACCAUUAACAAAGAGUUCAAGAGACAAUGUGGUGAGAUGGCAGAAUCUGUUUCUUCUUCAUCUCAUGGUGGACAGCAUCAGCUACCAGUUAAACUGAAUCAAGAGUACAGAGUUAAACUAGGACGGACCUUUACUUUCCCCAAAGAGAACGCCUUUCAUACAAUAAAAUAUGACUUUAAACCAAAAUCAGUUGACGAAUCCAAGCCUGGAAGGAUGAAAGUCAGUGGAGAUGAAGUCUCAGUCUCUUUACCGGUUACCCAGGCGGAGUCAGAAAGUGACGUAGUUCUCUUUAAAGGUGCUAAGAGAACCUGUACAAAGGAGUGUAUCCUCAUUAUCAACACAAUAACUGGGGAGGCUAUCCUUGAGAAGAUCAGUAACACUGUCCAGUUAAAAGGCGUAAGGGAUCUUAAAAAGAAGAAACAUCCCCGCUCUGUGUCUCCGAUACCGUCUCAAAUAAAAGCACUCAAAGUCCCUUCGGCCAAGCAAACCGAGACCUCUAGUCCCAGUAGUGGCAAGAAACCAAAGAGACCCAAAAAGUCCUCCCCUCCAUCUGCUACUGCUCCUCCUCCUCUUUCUUCUACUGCUCCUCCGGUUUCUAGUAAAUCACAAAACAUCAGCAGCAGCAACACUAGCUCAAAAUCUUUCAACCCUCUUCCUCCAUCUUCCUCCUCCUCCUCUUUGCUAGCCUUGCCAGACUCCAUUUCUCCUUUACGCUCCAACAAUCCAACCCCUGAGCCUCCUCCCCUCUUCUCCUCUCAGCCAAAGAGGAAAAAGGGCCUUCCCUCGUCUAAUAGCAGUUCUAGUUCGAGUAGCUCGGACUCCAGCAGCAGUUCUGGCUCUGAUAGCGAAACUGAAUUUGUUACCGUUCCAACUUUAAGCUCAGCACCUCCACCCCAAGCGUCUUUAUCUUCAAUGCCGCAAUUUACUACUUCAUCUGUUAUCCAACAGCCGAUUCCGUCUGCAGUAGGAGGGGGAGGGGGUCCUAUGGGUUAUCAGGUCCUACCCCCUCAGCAUGGGAGUGGUUUGAGUCAAGGUAGCAAUAAUAACGGAGCUCUUCAAAUGGCUGGUGGAGGGACUCUCUCUGACUCUAGCUCCAGCUCCAGUAGCGAUGGAGAAGAUGACAGCUCUUCCUCUGAUUCUGAAAAGGAUGGACCUGUUCCCUCUCACCAUCAAACUGUCACUAAUCCAACUGCAGGUGUUGACGUCAGACAGAGAUCAAUGUCCGUGUUAAAACGUGAUCUGGAAAUGAGUGAAAGUGAUUCAGACUGAUUUCAAAUCAUGAGCUAUGAUCUGAAGUCCUCUGUUCCUCUUAGAGCAGGAUAAAAUAAUAACUACACAUCAAUUUAUCAUUUAAAGUUAA